UACACUAAUUUCAUCACUCCAAAAAAACAAACCCAAAGUGAAAACCCUAAUUGGAAAAAAAAACUACCAAAAAAAAAAGAAAAAUGGUUUGCUUCUGCUUCCUGGUUGAUCAGACGAGAAAGGUGCGGCAGCACAAGCCGGCCGCCGGAAUAUGCUCGCGGUGCGGCGGCGGAGCGAGCGUGGCGGACAUGAAGACCGCCACCAGAUUCUGCCACGUCCCCUUCUACUGGAAGACUUGGAGAGCUAUCAUCUGCACCUUCUGCGGAUCUAUUCUCAGGUCAUAUCGGUAAAUUCACAAGCGCCGAUUGCCGCUGCGCCCGAAGUUUUUUUUUUUUUUUUAAUAUUAACUAUUUUUUUGGGGGAUGGCUAAUGCCGGUGAAGUCUUUUUGCCGGUGGGGAGAUUAGGCGGUAUGUAAGAAUUUAUUUUUUUUUUUUCAAUUUUUUUAUGGAGAUUUAGAUUUUGUACUAACUUCAUUUGUUGGUUGUAUAAAAUGGAUGAAAUUACUAUCUA